AUGAUAUCGCAAUUCACCUUUCCGCUCCAACGAACCCAUCGCACCCCGACGAGUUGGAAUAAGAAAAGAUCCAACCGGCCUCCCUCGCUCAACCUCGGAGAGAGCUUUGUGAAACAAAACAACAAAGAGAACCAGGUAGCGCAGGCGAUGCGAGGCUCUCCGUCCGAGCACGGAGACAAAGAAGCAGAGACGGUUCCGGUGAAGAUGAGAAUAGAGAUCUCAAUGCUGGGAUCCCGCUCCUUCAACCCCGAACAUAUCCAGACCACUGCAGAGCCCCCGGCAACAGAACUGAGAUCAGACACCCUGGUGGAAGAACAUAUGGAAACAAUACACGGCAAGAAUCUCGAGGCACAGCCCAAGAGAUCAACCUCCGUGCAAGACUCGCUGCGGACCUUCAUUCAACUGGGCAGUGACGACUCCGACUCCGAUCCCGACAUCUUCUCAGUAUCAGAUAGUCGCCCCACUACUCGUUCUACCUCUGUGCUGGCCCAAUAUUUCCCCGAAGACUCAUCCAAUCUGCAUGUCGCAUCUCCGUCAAGCGCCGAUGCGGCAGAUCAAAAGAUCAAGUCGCCCGACUAUGCCAUGUUACUUGAGAACGAAGCCCAUGACCGGCUCAGUACAUUCUACAAAAAGCCAGCUGUUGCCGAAGAGGGGAAGAAAAUAGACGAUAGUAGCCCAAGGAGCGGGAAAAGUCGGGUUUCUGACCCCAGCGAUAUCUUUGACGGCGCUUCAUCUUGCUACAGCCAGCGCACCUCCCUCACCAGCGUCAGUGCCGAUGGGGCCAACGAGCGGAGCCCAUAUAAAUCAGCAGACGCAUAUUCCAUCCGCAACCCUACUUCGGCGGGCGUGUUUGAUGACGCAGCAUCCGUCUACUCACCGGGGGCCCCGGCCUUCGCCUCACCUGUGGCUUCCCUACGGCAAUCGAGACGAGCAGACAAUGUGUGCCUCCCACGAACACAGACCCUGCCCCCGAGACUGGCGGAGGAAUUGAAAAACAAGCCUUUGCCCCUCGAGCCGGUUCGGGAACCCAGUCCGCUGGCCAUCCGCCGCUCCAGCCCAUCAUCGACUGAAAUCUCUCCGCAAGACCCUUCACAGUACUCGUUAGUACCACAGCGACAGAACUCGCACCACCCGGUAGCCAUGCGACGACAAAAAUCCAGAGAGCUCUGCCGCGAGUGUGGAAGCCAUUGCGAGAGCCGGUUCCGGCGUAGACAUGACUAUGAGCAACAAAUGCGUCGCGGCCCGACGUUGUCGCAGGCCGCAGAAGAGUUGGAACGCGCCCUGGCCGAGUUGGCGAAAGGUUCAAAGAAAAAACAACGUACCGUGCUCAUUCUGGAUGGACCUCUUCAGGUCAGUCGACAUGGUGGUGACCUGGUAGCAACGCGCCCAGCUCCUCGACCCCCGCCAAUAACGCCUCAUUCCCAGUCGCAUCGCGAUGGAUCGUUGGAGACAAGGCGAUCGGCCAAGGACAAAACUGGUCCGUCUGGUAAAUCGCAUCGAGCAGAAAACACGAGUAAGGAGUACCGACCAAACAAUCUUCAGCCUAAUAGUGAGGUCUCCACUGAAAAAGAGGUCGCCAAGGCGAUCAGGCUGAAGGAUUCUUCAACAAAGAAGAGCAUAAAGACCCCCAAAGCGGAAAAACAGGUUAGAGUCCACUCAACGCAGAGCUUCAAAAAGACGGAAAAGUCGAAGCUGAAGAAGUCGUUCACAUUAUCGAUGCUGUCGUUUACUCUCAGGAACCUCAACGGGCGGCAGGAUCAGGGACGAGGUCGGCGGCUCGGCUCGCGGUCGGGGCCCUCCAGGGACCCACCGGACAAUGGUGAGUACCUCUCGCAUCGCUUGGCCCCCGACUCGAAUUUGGCCCCAGCCAAGAGAGACCUCCUCUUACAACUUCCACGCCUCCAGACCCAGGACUUGGAAACAAAUAAAUUCGAGAGCCUGACUCAGGCUCAGGAAGUUCAAAUGGGCAGGCUCACCUACCCCGCGGGGUUAGGCUCGGUCAACUCCGCAUUCGAUGCUGCACGGCACCCUCUGCUACGCGUUUUCCCCCCAGAAGACGAGAAGAUUCUCGUCGCAUACGCCAGGAUGCGAAAUAACUAUGCUUUUGUCUCGACAGCCCGGGCCAGCAGCGUGUACAUGGCGCCGGAGCAGAUAUACGAGCUCGACGCCACUCCGCCAUCCCCGACGAGGCCCGGGUUCGUGAGGAAAAAUAAGCGUGUCCCCACCAACGUUGACUUUCCGGUUGGCAUGACCGAAAGUCUCAUCGUGGCAAUAAUGGAGAGGAUUGAGUCUCUCGACGACCUUUUCAAUUUUGUGCUGGUCAACAAGCGCAUCUACAUGAUUUUCAAAGCUCGCGAGCUUUAUAUGAUCAAAAGCGCUCUAUUUAAAAUGUCGCCACCGGCUUGGGAACUGCGUGAAAUGAGUCCACCAUGGGAGACCGAGUGGAUCCCCCUUCAAGACCCGGAUUCUCGGGUUCCAGAAUACACACCUACCACGUACUUGGAUCGAUACGCCUCAGAUAUUUAUACUUUGGCCCGACUGAAGUCCAUGAUUCUCGUUCGCUGCUCCCCAUUCUUGCGCCGUGACACAAUAGAUGGGCUGUCAGGCGUGGACCCCAUUCGUCUCGAAGAAGUCGACGAUGCAUUUUGGCGUAUCUGGACUUUCUGUCGCAUCUUCGGCAGUGGAAAGGGUCGCGAGAAUGACUUGGAGGGGCAGGUAGAUUGGCUGAGGGGUGGCGCAAAGGCCAGGAAUUAUAUGGGCGCGACUUCAACUAUGACGGAACCUUUCGGAAUGAAUGAUGUUCUCUUCGAACCGCCCGAGGGUUUCGCCCGUGGAAACUGCGGUGGACUGUCGCAGAAACAGAUGUAUGAUAUGACUGAGAUUUGGACUUGUUUGACUGUGCUGUUGCAGCCUAUGCAUGGUAAUUGUGCCGCCGCACGGGAUGUUGGUAUUUUUGAUUGCAUGGAUAUUGCGCAAGGGGAUAGGAUUUGUGAGGAGAGUACACUUGAGGAAUGGACAGCCUACGUCCUUACAUUGGGUCUCUCAGCAGUCGUAACCCUCAGCUCUCUUUGUCCUGCCGAGGCCACAGACGAGACCUUUGAAAAGGCGAAGUCCCUCGGCCUCACAAAGUGGGAGUUGACAGAAACCGAAGCCAGUCGGUCAUCAUUCCUGAAAGAGGCUGUUUCCCGUGCCUACGAAGCAAAGGAGCGCGCUCUCAGCACACAAUCCAAUAGCCCCCGCGAUCUGACUUCGCGCGAACUAAACUUGGCAAAUGCCGAGGCUGAGCGUGCACGCGAAGAGCGCAAUCACGCAUUCAAAGUCGAGCUUCGUACUCUCCGUCUACGCAACGCCCGGUCAAAUGUUGAGCUAGGCACUUCAUUCUCCAAUGAACGUCCUAUGUCGGAAUUCAGCACCAUCAUUCGGAAUCUCGAUGGCAGUAUCCGUCGUACAUCCGUCUCAGUGCCUGAAGACGCACCCACAGUACCUCCAGUCCCACCUCUCAUCUUCGAACGGUUGUCGACAUCGACGACAAGCAGCCCUCCUCGCACACCGAAGUACACUCCUCCGCCAAGUAACAAAUCCGACCCCUCAAUCCCUAUAUUCCCUCGCAGUCCUCCCCAUCCCACCCAGCUCCUAGCACCACCACUACUCCGACCGCAAGUCCAAGACCCAGUUGAUCUCGCCAUGAACAAAAUGGUACACGAGCUCGGCUUCAACGAAAACGACGUCAAAUGGGCUCUCAAAAUCACAGACACGGGCGAAGGCAUUGAUAUGGUCGCAGCCGAGCAACUCCUCAAGAAACAAAAAAAGAAACAGCUACACAACCCCUUUGCAUCUCGUGGAAAGGAUAGUCUCCUCCAUUCCGUGAUCAAGCGUCAAAAAUCCCAAGACUUAAGCUGGCGCUGGGCCUAG